GGUUGCAAAUAAUGCAUUAAAAAAAUGAUUUAAUUAACAUUUCAAUUAAAUUUUUUUUUAAAUUUAGUAGUCCCAUAACGGGAUUAAAAAAAGUUUUAUUUCGCAUACCGGAUUAAAAAACAAAUUUUGAUCCCAAAAACCGGAUUAAAAAUUAAUAAUAAAAAAAUGUUUAAUCCUAAGUAUAUAAUUACUAAUUGAAAAAAAAUUUCGCGUUCACUCAAAUCAAAAAGUAUUAUUUUCAAUUUUUGAUCUCGAACAUGUUGGAUUAAUAAUCUUUAAAAUACAAUUUUCUAUUCUUUUUUUUUUUUAUUCUUAAAAAAACGCGCUAUAAAUUCGUAUUUGGAUAUAUUACAAUGUGUACAGUGUAAUUACAAUUGAGUUAAUUGAAAAAUGUGUGCAAAGUAGAGCUUUUCAAAUUAUUCGAUUAACCAGAAAACCGAUUAUCCAAAUAUCCGGUUUAUAACCAUUCGUAUGAAUACUAACCGAAUAAUACUAUACGAAUAGUCCUUCUAUUGCGUGCGAGUAUUUGAAUAGAUGAAAAUUGUUUGAAAUUCAAGCAGCCUUUGAUUUGUGCACAAAAUUUUAUUAUUUUAAUAUUUCACUUAUUUCAAUAAAAAUAAUAAAAUGAAUGAACUAUUACUAUUCGAAUAGUUGACCGGUAAUCGGUUAGUCGAAAAUAAAUGCUUAAUCGAAUAGUCGACGACUUACGACUAUCUGGAUAGUGCAAACCAAAUAUUAUUAUUCGAAUAACGUCGUAUCCGGUUAAUCGGGUUAGUCGAUUAGUCGAAUACAAAUAACUCUAGUGCAAAGUGUGUUAAAUAUAUAUAAAUUAUUGAAAAAUAUCACUUUCCGUUCACGAAUUUUUCAUCUACGCAUUAAACUAGGACGAUUAAAAUAAUAUAUAAUUUUGGCGGGCUAUUUCGUUGGGGGGCCUAAACUUAUCCCUGCCUAAACUAUACAUUUACCUAAACGUUUUGCUUAGAUUCUGGCAGAUCAUUUAUAUUAAUUAUAAUUGUUGCGAGAUCUUAAUUUUAUUGUAGACCAGAUAAAAAUUGGGGUUCAUUCCGCUUACAUAUUACAUGUCUGACGGGUUUUAUAUCAGUAAGGACAAUUAAAUUGGUAGUACACUACAAAACUAAUUGGGAAGAAUUAUAUGCCACUCCGAGAACAAAACCCAUAUUCGAUUGUAACUAAAAGUAUUCUGUGCCCAGUGUAAAUGACCUACAAUGGCCCAACCAAAAAAAAAAAAAAAGACAACAACGAAAUUAAUUAUGCGGUUAUGGUAACUUACACGUGCAAUUAUAUCUACAGUAUUUUAACGGUUUAGAACAAGUUUAAUUCAAUAGCAUAUUUUGUAAUUUUAUUGUUUUUAAUGGCACAAAAAACUUUCACCUGAACAAUAGUAUAGAGAGAAGAGUUUGAGUGAUAUUUGAUAAAAUGUUUUAAAGAAAUGACGAGACGUGAUGAAGAAUACAAUAAUCUGUUCAACUUACCAGUGUAUAUGUGCUGCAUCCAACAUAAUCGUAUGAUAAACAAAGAAUAAUGGCAACUCUAUAAAAUAAACACUCGUACCGUGACGUGAAAAUAAAUUUACGCACAGAAAGUCGCUACAGAAAAACUGUAAUACUUUUACUUUACGUUACUGUUUCACCGACUACGUUAGUAAUAAAUAUUUACUAAAAUGGAUAAUGUAAAAUUAAUAAGGCUUGUGAAACAACACGAAUAUCUCUAUAACAAAUAUAACAAGGAUUUUAAAAAUUUAGACAGAAAGAAGAUAACUUGGCAGCGGAUAGCUCGUGAGAUGGGCAUCAAUGAAUCAGAAUGUAUACGCCGAUGGACAAAUUUACGUGACAAAUACACUAGAGAAAGUAGGAGAAUGACUGCACUUGUAAAUAAUGAUAUGACAACAUCACAAAUCUGGCCUCUAUUUGAUGAUAUGGAUUUUUUAAGGCCACAUAUAGUACCAAGAUCGAUUCGACAGACAGUAAAUUUUGGGCUGAAAGCUUUUGAAGAAUCUAGCAAUGGUGAUCAAGAAACAUAUAUCGUGGAACAAGACGAUACUGUCGACUGUAAAUAUGUCAAUACAGAGUCAUUCGAGUUUAAAGGUUCGGAAUCACCAAUAUCAGAGCAUGAGAUGGAACAUGAAGAAGUGGAAGCUUUUCUUCCAACCGAAACGCAUUCUUCGACGCUGCAAUCAAAAAACCAGAUUAUUGGCCAGACAAACGAACUAAAAGACCCUCAUACAAUUUCGCCAAAAUUUGCAUUUCAGCAAAUAAAGGGCAAAAAACGGCAUUAUCAACCUGACGUUGAGAACGAGAUAAGUUCUGCUUUGGAGAUGUUCAAACAAGUAUGUGGUGAAAUAAAAACGACCCAUCGAAAUCCCGCUGUGCAAGGUUUCGGUCAAAUGAUUGUGGAGACUAUAAGUAGUAUGAGUGAACGGAAACAAGCAUUCGCUAUGCAAAAAGUUACUGAAAUAGUAAUGAACAUAAAAAUGGAAGAAGCGGUGAACAAAGAAUAGAAAAAUUCAUAAUAAGUGACAAUAUUUUAAUAAUUAGUUUAAGAUUUAGUGUAUUAGGUCAGUAAAAUAUAAACUAAGUUAAUCGUUCAUUCACUGUGUCAAUAAUGCAUAUAUGACGCCAUUUCUGAAAUUCGACAAUUAUUACUUACUUUCUUACUACUUAAAAUUUCGUCUUAUCUGAAUCAUAUGACUUACACUUACUUAAUUCUUGAAUGUCUGCAUUAACUUAUGAACAACAUAUUCUUAAUAAUUGAAAACAAAAUGAUAACACGUAUUUUUGUUUAUUAACAUGAACAAGCGAAAUGAAUUACUUUUUUUUAAAGGUGACAACUUUCUGCUUAAACAAAUAUUUUGAAUUAUAAUUAGUAAUACACAUUCAGGGAAAGUUACAUUUUAUUUCAUAGUAUUUCCGAAAUAUUUUGUUUUUUUUACCUUUCCUGCGACCGUAGAUAAUUUAUAAGCUCCAGAUCUCUAACCAUCAAGGUGACUCUACGCGCAUGCAAUGCCAAUAAAUUUGCAUCCUCCAAUCGACCCUCAACAUAAGCUUCAGUGGCUGUUUGGAGCGCCUCAAAAGCGGUUUGUGUUAUAUAUUGGACAUCCGUACCUAAACUUAAUAAAAUUUCACGUACGACACGAGAAAACGCGGCACGAGAUAUCAUAAAAUCCACACGACUUGCUAGUUGCUUAUAACUUUUCAAAAAGUUUCGAUCCGAAAUGCCUUUUCUGCUGCGCUUCACCGGCUUAUUAGUCUUUGGCCGUUGUAGAGGACCAAUUUGGCUUGAUUCCACCACACUGCCCUGGGAACGUAGUCUUUGUGAAACGUUCGUUCGGUGGUGGCUGUGGGUGGGCUGAAAACCUCUUUCUAGAUCUUGGUCCAAUUCGCUGCUGGUAUCUGUCUCACCUAAAUCUGUUGACGGACGUCUUGGCACUUCUUUCAUUGAAGAACUCUUGUUCUUAAAUGAUUUGGGUCCUGGUUUUGUAGGUGGUCGCAUACUGUUCCACUAGUUGAUCCUACUUCCUUGGUAAAAGCAAUCAAUGAAUUUAAUUAAAUUCUAACACAAAUCUCAAAUUAUUCGCCAAUGGAGUUAAUAUAUUUAAACCACGUAAAUAGAUAAACAAAUUCGCGCUUCACAAGUUUUACGGCUACAGCAUCUACAUAUGCUACUUGAUAGCAUUGCCAGUUGUGAUAAAAUUUAAAGAAAGUUUUAACUUCUAAUAAAAGUUUAUGCAACAUCUAUUUAAAUGAAUAUAUUAGAUUAAAUAAUUUUCUUUAGAAUAAAGAGAAAUCAUGCGUUAAUUUUUAAUUUAAUUUUUUAAAGAAAUUUUAAGGUUUUUUGCAGUUUUAAAUCAACACUUUCAGAUAUAUUAGCAACUCUAAAUCUUUGUUAAAUCGUAUCGUGACGCAAAAGAAAAAUUUUUCUACGAUCAUAAAGUCACUGCAUUAAGUUCAACUACAUUAAGUAUACUUAAAACUUUAAUCAACUAAUCGUUUUUUAAAUACUGAUUUUAAUAACAGUUGACAAUGGAGGACUCAAAACUUGUAAAACUAGUUAAACAGCAUGACUGUAUUUACAACAAAAGUAAUAAGGAUUUUAAAUCCAUUUCAAAGAAAAAGGCUGCUUGGCAGCGCAUAGCUCGCGAGAUUGGAGUUCAUGGUAUUGUAUAGCACCCAAAUGUCGCUAUGCAAUUGACAGUAUUUCAACAUUAAUGAUAUUAUAAAAUCAGAACAGGAUUGUAUACGUCGUUGGACGAAUUUGAGGGAACGAUUUACGAAAGAAAAUCGUCGGGUUAGUGCACUUGCUAAUAAUGGUAUGACUACGCCAAACCUAUGGCCGCUAUACAAUGAAUUGUCUUUUUUAAAGUCACACAUAAUACCUCGAGUAAACCGUCAGAAAUGGAUAUUUACGGCUGAAGGUAAGGAACCACAAAUGGAUUAUAGGGCGGAAUCUUCAAUGGAUGAACAAGAAGAUACAAAUGAAUAUGAAUGUAUUGCGGAACCGUUACAAUUUAAAAGUUCUGCAUCUAUCUUGUCCGAGCCGGAUACAUUAGAGGAAGAGGUUGAGGUUUUCAUACCUGACGAUACGCGGCAAUCAUCACCAACGUUUAAAUCAGAGGUACCAAAGGCAAAAUCGUAUCAUACACACCAAAACAACAAUUUGAAACAAAAUUAUGAGUCGAAUGCGAAUCAUGAUUUAUACGCAUCUUUAAAAAUGAUUAAACAAGAUUAUGACAGUCUGAGAUCACGUAACCAAAAUCCUGCUGUACAAGGUUUCGGUCAAAUGAUUGUGGAAACUAUAAGUGGAAUGAGUGAACGGAAGCAAGCAAUAGCUAUGCAAAGAGUAACUGAACUGGUAAUGAACAUAAAACUGGAACCCGAAAGUUAAUAAACAAAAAACAGGCGGAAACGUUAACUUCGGCUGCACCGAAGCUAUAAUACUCUUCAUAGAUGCUUUUUUAUUAGCCAAAAAGGUGUAAGGUAAUCUAUAUCUUGAUUUUGUUCGAUUAGUUAAUAUGGCAACUAUAUGCAAUAGUGGUGCGAACAAAACAAUUGAUUCGGCGAUUGAAGCGCUGGUUAUAUAAUAAUCCAUGCCAAAUUGUGCAGAAGCCUACAUAAAUAAAAAAAGUUUUCCAUACAGAAACUUGAGGUAUAAAUACAUAUUUUACAACUGAUCUUAAUUAAAUAUUAAUAUUGUUUAAUAUAAUUUUAUAAACAUAUCAAAAAUGUUAAAUAAAAUAUAGUUCAAAAACUUAUAAACUAUCUGAUAUACAAUCCAAUGUACAUAUCCGAAAUAA